ACAUCUCAGUCAGUCUAUUAGCAGUAGUCGUCAGCUUCUGUGGGCUCGCCUUGCUGGUAGUGUCGCUCUUUGUCUUUUGGAAGUUGUGUUGGCCCUGCUGGAGGAGCAAACCUCUCACUUCCAAUGCCAGUAAUGUUCCUCAGAGCAAUUCCAGUGCUCCUACGGAGGUUUUUGAGACCGGUGAGAAAAAGGAAGUUAAAGAAAAUGGGAAACCUACAACAAAGGUACUUGAAGCUGCACUGAAAAUUAGCCACACUUCACCUGAUAUACCAGCAGAGGUCCAGAACGCACUGAAAGAGCAUCUGAUCAGACAUGCACGCAUGCAGAGACAGAUCACUGAGCCCACAUCAUCAUCAAGGCACAAUUCUUUCAGGAGGCACUUGCCAAGGCAGAUGCAAGUGUCAAGUGUUGAUUUUAACAUGGGGACAGAUCCAGUUUUGCAAAGAGGAGAGACCACAACCAGCAUUGGGAGAAUAAAACCAGAACUCUACAAACAGAAGUCUGUGGAUUCUGAUGGGCAACAAGAAGAUGUGAAAACAUGUGGAAAACUUAACUUCACUCUCCGGUAUGAUUAUGAGAAUGAGCUUCUGGCUGUCACAAUUGUCAAAGCCUUAGAUCUGCCUGCUAAAGACUUCACAGGAACAUCCGACCCCUACGUUAAGAUUUAUCUGCUUCCAGAUAGGAAAAAGAAGUUUCAGACACGAGUUCACAGGAAGACAUUAAAUCCUGUCUUUGAUGAAACCUUCCAGUUUCCUGUAGCCUAUGAUCAACUCAGCAACAGGAAAUUGCAUUUCAGUGUUUAUGAUUUUGACAGAUUUUCUAGACAUGACAUGAUUGGGGAAGUUAUUCUUGAUAACUUUUUUGAAGUCUCAGAUCUCUCCAGGGAAGCCAAUGUAUGGAAAGACAUCCACUGUGCCACCACAGAAAGCAUAGAUUUGGGUGAGAUCAUGUUUUCCCUUUGUUAUUUGCCUACUGCUGGGAGAAUGACAUUAACAGUCAUCAAAUGUAGGAAUCUCAAAGCAAUGGAUAUAACUGGUGCAUCAGAUCCAUAUGUCAAAGUGUCACUGAUGUGUGAGGGACGAAGACUGAAAAAAAGGAAAACAACCACAAAGAAGAACACACUCAAUCCCAUUUAUAAUGAGGCCAUCAUCUUUGAUAUCCCUCCAGAGAAUGUGGACCAGGUCAGCCUUUCCAUUGCAGUGAUGGAUUAUGAUCGAGUAGGGCACAAUGAGGUCAUUGGGGUAUGUCGGACAGGAAUUGAUGCUGAAGGGCUUGGAAGAGAUCACUGGAAUGAAAUGUUGGCUUACCCACGUAAACCAAUAACCCACUGGCAUCCACUAGUAGAGCUACCUGGCAGAGCAACCAGUUUUGACAGCCAAGGAUCCUGUUCAUCACCAAAACCACCGCUUACACCCUAG